AUAUAAACUGGAGAGUUGACAAUGCUUAUGAACCCCUAUUGGCAACCAUUUCAGUAUAAGCUGCCUGUAAUCUCACUACAACUAGCUUGCUUCUACUCAUCAUGUUCUUGUCCAUCUCAAGGGUGCAAAUCAUUCUUUGUCUACGUGUUUUCUAAGUAGUUGCUUUCGAUAAAUUCGGCAUUAGAAUCUUAGUUAAGUAGUGAUCAGCCAGAAAUCAGAAUGUUGUAUGAUCCUAUAUUUAGUAAGAGCUUCAGUCGAUUUGAGCAGCAGAAAAUCGGACGCUUCGCGUUUCUGGCAUGUGCGGUGAUUGCAUUGAGCAUUUGUACUGUGUUCAAACCACAAUAUCAUGUUCGAAUAGUUCCCUCGAUCAGCUUGCAGUUUCCGAGGAGUGUUGGUGGAGUUGACACCGCGGUUAUCAAGGAUCGAAACAUAUCCGAGCCAUUGCAGUACCUAUCAGUCGGUACUGAUGCAGAAGUUGACAAUGAAGCAACCAGGGAUACCUUGCAACUGUCUGCUAAUGAUGGUGUGAAUGCCAGAAGGGCAGAAAAGGAUGUAAUCGCGUCCAAUCUAGUGAAGUCAUCGACUAAUGAUGGUGUGAAAGAAAGACAAGUAGCCAAGGAUACGAGUUCCUCAGUGUCAUUGUUAGAGGCUAAUGGUGGCAAUGUGAAAGACACAUAUAUAACCAAGGAUACUACUGGCACGAAGCCGUUGCAGUCAUCAACUGGUGAAGGUGUAAAAGACGUCGUAGCUAGCAAUGAAGCGCUUGCUCCUGAGCCAAUAGGACUUGAAGCUAAGCUGAUUAAGCUGGUAUGUAGUUUAUCAGAACCUGUAUCGGAUUACUGUGAACUCGAAGGAGACAUUAGAAUUCAUCCAAAUUCUUCCACCAUAUUUGUGGUCUCCCACCGGACUGAUAGUUCGUUUCAAAUUGGCACUUCAUGGGUUAUAAAACCAUAUGCUCGAAAAGGAAAUGAAGGAGCCAUGGAGAGUGUCAAGAGUUGGACUAUCAAAGUCAUAUCAUCUCAUCAAACUCCUCCUAGUUGCACUGCAGAUCAAAGCAUUCCAGCUAUUCUUUUCUCGCUAGCAGGAUACUCCGGAAACCACUUCCAUGAUUUUUCUGACAUAAUCAUUCCCCUGUUUUCAACAUCGCGAAAAUUUGAUGGUGAGGUACAUUUUCUGGCUACUGAUUACAAAGCCUGGUGGAGUUCUAAGUACCGAGGAAUUCUUGGAAAGCUAUCUAAACAUAAGGUAAAUGAUAUUGACAGAGAAGAAGGAAUCGUGUGCUAUAAAAGCAUGAUCAUUGGCCUUAAAACUCGAAAGGAGCUAGGCAUUGCACAAUCAUCAAAUAUUUACCAAGGGUUGUCCAUGAAAGAUUUCAGAGACUUCUUAAGGUCUGCCUACUCAUUGAAGACAAAAAAUGUGACCAAGAUGAGAAAAGGCACGACUGAAAAGCCUCGUAUGAUGAUUAUAUCGCGGAAAAAAUCCAGGACACUAGUCAAUGAAAAUAAAAUUACCAAAAUGGGUGAAAACAUGGGCUAUGAAGUCAUUGUAGCUGAUGCAACCCUUUCCACAGAUUUGUCCAAGUUCGCGGAGCUAGUCAAUUCUUGCAGUGUUCUGAUCGGAGUCCACGGAGCAGGGCUUACGAACAUGGUCUUUCUCCCGGACAAUGCUGUCGUGAUUCAAAUAGUUCCGCUGGGAAUCGAAUGGUAUGCCAGACGUGAUUUCGAAGAACCUGCAUUGGAUAUGAACAUAAGGUACUUGAGUUACAAGAUAAAAGUAAAAGAGAGCUCUCUGAUUCAAGAAUAUUCAGUUAAGAGUGCAACGAUUAGGAAUUCAUUGUCUGUAAAUAAAAAUGAUUGGGGUGUAAUUAGGUCUGUAUAUUUGGAUAGACAGAACGUAAUUCUUGAUGUUCGUAGGUUCAGGAGGACCUUGUCAAAAGCUUUCAAACUUUUGCAUCAGUAGCAAGUAAAAAUGAUCAUUUUCUUUC